CGGUGUCGGGGCCGGAGGCUCACGUGGCAGGGUGGGCGGGGCCUCCCGCGCUGCUCCUGCUACGGGCCUGGAGCGGAGUGGGGGGUGCGGCGGUGGCGGUGGCGGUUGCGGGGAGGUCUCGGCCGUGCUUGGCCCACGGAGACCUCCUCUCCCCCAUCGGAUAUCGCAAGAAGGUGGCUUUUCUGACAUGGCGGCGCCCUGCCAGGCCUGCAGUGGGGGCCGGCGCCCAUGUCACCUGCGCAGGAUCGGCAGCCGAAGCCCCGUCUCUGAUGUCGCUGAUCUUAUCCAUUUCCCCAGGACCGUGACGCUGAUUGGCAGGAACAGCAGCGCCGUGGACUGCUUCCUCAGCAGCACCGCAGCCAGCAGGAGCAACUACAUCUCCCGCAUUCAUGCCCGGGUCAUCCGGACCAGGGACACGUACGCGCUUGUGGAUUCCAGCUUGACGGGGGUGUAUGUCAACGAUGUCCAGAUCAGGGGUAAAGUCGUCCUGCAGGAAGGAGACACGGUCACUUUUGGCCAUCCAGCCUGGAGGAACGUCGACCCCGAAGCCCACGCCCGGCAGCCCAGCUCGCCCUUCUACUUCUUGUUUGAACAUUGCCACUGCAGCAUCGAUCAAAUGCAAAGUCUGCGCAGAGAGGGGAGACAGUUGCUGCAGCAGUUUCCUGUGUCGGCCCCUGCUGGGUCACCACCAGCACCACCCGUCACUGUAUGCCUGGACCGUGGGGAGAGCGUGGCCCGCCCCGCCCGGCCUCAGACAGCCCAUGCGUGGCCAGUGAGCUUGCCAGGCCCUGCUGCUCCGUCGGAAUCGGACCCUGGCUGGCGGAGCCCUGCCGUCGCCACUCUGCUGCAAACCUCCGCAGGCUCAGGACCGGCUCCUGAAUCUGGACCGGAAGUCCUGGUCACAGGAGAGCCCAGGAGGGCGGGGCUGGCUGGACGGCCGGUUUCUGCAGCAGAAGAUGUUCUCCGCCCUGCCCGUCAGCUUCUGCGGUCCACUUCGCCCGAGUACACAGUCCUGGGGGAGGAUUCACCUGCCCAGCCUUCUGUUCCAAGAACCCUUGAGACAUCCUGCUUCUCUUCGCUUCACAGGAGUUCAGAAUGGAAGGGCUCUGAGUCAGCAGCUGGGAGCCAGGAUUGUGCAGCAAGAUCACUGCUAGACUUGCACAGGCAACCUUUGCAUGAGAACUGCAAGAACGAUCCUGGAACACGCCGGCCGGAUGUAACUUCUUCCAGCCACUUGCAGCCGGGAUUACCACCACCUCCUCCUCCUCCUCCUCCUCCUCCUCCUCACUUGGGGGAUUCUGCAGCUGAUGAGGAUGUCCAAAGUGGAAGCACCACAAAUGCAGCUGAGCUUCCUAAGGAGAUGCUGCCACUGUCACACAUCCUUCAGAUGGAGGGCAGAAGCAUUCCUGACGAGAGAUUAUCCACUCCUGACACUGUAGAGCUUGUUUCUGGCAGCUCUGACCAGGAUGAAGACCUAACAGAGAUGGAUCUUGAUGAAAACACUCAAACAGCUUCAUGUGGAACACCUCAAGUUCCUGAAUCUGAUGCCCAGGUGCAGGUCACACAAGGGGUGGGAGAGGCUGCCACACCCGCGGCCUGCUCGAAAGGCAGCAGAAUGGAGAAGGCGGGUCCUGUAGAAGAUCACAAGGAGAGCCUCGUGGAGAAGGGCUUCUCUGAGGCUGCCAGGCAGGAAAUGGAGUGGCAACCUGCAUCUUCUGCUGCUGUGAAGAUAAUGAACGAUUCCCUCACGAAUCAAGCAGACAGCCUCGUUGCAGAAACGUCAGAUUUGCUCACUUCAACAUCAGCAAACUCUCUGCAUGAUUCUCCGAGCAAUGAUGACUCUAGUGAUAAAGAGCUAGAUGUGGACUGCUCCCCCGCGUUGGCGAGUCGAGAGACGUCCCGUUCUGAAGGUGUGGCCUCCCCUUUACCUGCAAGGAGUCUGUCUCCUAGGACUCAAGUUGGUGGUGGAGGAGGAGUCUGUGCAACAAACUCACAAGCCAGUGCUGCUGCUGAUGAUGAAGAAGGUGACAUGGAAAAGGAGCCUUCUGCCAGUGCCAGCUUCUUAGCAACAGACUGCCCUGUUCCCCUUGGCGAGGGUGGCAGUGCUGAGCCCGAGAUGGGCCCCGUGUGUCCAGAGGCCGAGACUGGUGUUCCCAGUAGCUUAGUAGAAGCUGUCUCCUGUGCAGGAGUGGGAGCUCAGACGGAGGGUGUGAAGGAAAGAGAAACGGGUGGAGGAACUGUGGAGUUCGUAAAAGAAGGGCAGGUUGGUGGAAUGUCGGAUGGUCUGGACACGGAAUUGUGCACACACACGGCUGAAGACCUGUUUCUUGAGCAGUCCCCUGAGACUGCAACCAUAAGUUCUCCAGCUGCUAAUGAGCAUGCCGAAGGAGAGUUUUCCGGAGAAAGAGAGAUGGGUCCUGUGGCAUCCUCUGGAGUGAUGCAUGAGCAGCUGCCUUCAGAUCUCUUGGGAACUUGCGGAGGAAGGAGCACUCUUGUCGCUGCAUCCCCUCCAGCGGACUCUCUUUUGGUGGGAAGGAGAAUGCCUGAAGGGGCCCGUCCUGAACAACUGGCAGGUUUAUGCGGAAAGAGGAGUGAGAGUCCUUUGGGAAGAGGGCAGAGGGAAGAAGAGAGUGGCGUGGCCCAAGAGGGGCCCCAGCAUGCAAGCGCUGGCUCUGCCGAAGCCAACGGGGGCCCAGGCAACGGUCCUGCACAGAGGCCCUGGGCACCUGGUGGGGGGCAGCUGAGUUCCUCAAGCGGCCCUGAAGGGGGGAGAGAGAGAGGUUGCACUUCACUGUCCAUGGAAGAGGUCACUGACGGACCCCAAACGGCUGCAAAAGUCAGCCUGGAGGAAGAGGUGGAGUGGGCGUCUCGUCCACUUGCUGGGCGGGAGGCUGGCCGCGGGCGGGCUGAAGGGGUCCUCGCCAGAAGCGUUGAAAGGGUCACAGCGCCCUCCUCCUGGGCCCUGGCAGGGAGCCAGGCAAGGCAGCUCCCUGGAGCCGGCCUUGGAGAGGGAGGGGUCCCCCACUCAGCUGAUGGCUGUGUCCGCUGGCCGUCCCCUCAGGCAGCAGCAGGGAGGUCGGGGCCUGGGAGCGCCCACCUCCUGCCCCUGGAAGGCAGCAGCCGUGAGGGGGCCGGAGGGGAUGCAGACCUGAGUGGUGACGUCGCUUCCCAGGGCCAAGGCUGUGAUGCGCCCCUGGGCCAGGGGGAGCCGGAGCCAGGUGGGGCGUGGCCGAGUGGCUGCCCUGAGCGUCGGGAGGUGGCCUCGGACACCUUUGCCCUCCGGAGGUGCCAGCAAGAGCCCCCUGUGUCUGCUGACCGGCAAGGACCAGCGUCUUGUGCUGCUGAGCCUCCAGUGCUGAGCCUGGAAACUAGCCCAGCGGUGAAGCUACCGGCAGCUGAUCUGGGGACGCGCUUGCCUUCUGCCGACCCUCCCGUGGCGAGGAGUCCUCAGGAGGAAGCUUGUGAGCCAGGGGUGGCUCUUGAACAUUUGCCCCCACCGGGGCCAGAAAGCGCUUGUGGCGUGACCGCCUUCCCUGAAGAGCGCAGCGGCGGUGGCUUUGCACAGACUCUCGGAAGUGUCCAUUGUGGAGCGACACCCAGCAGCCGUGCCCUCGUGCGCUGUGGGGCUGGUUCUGCAGAGUCUGGAGCUGCAGAGGGAAGCGCAGCUGGAGACCUCCGGCGGGAAGCUCCGCUCGGCUCUGCUGAGGUCCCCGACGAACUCACCUUGCACAGCUCAGACUCUGCAACAGAAAAAGAAGGGACUGGCCGUGCCAGCGUCGACCGCGUCUCUAGCAGAGGGAGAACCCGGGAAGGAAGGGCUGCUUUUGUUACUGAGCCGGGGAUGCCUUUUCUCCAUCUUGCUGAGAACAGUGAGGCGUGUAGCAAACCGACGGAGGGAUCCGCUCUUCAAGGUCCAUGCGAUGCCGCAGUUCGAGAGGCCCCUGUUGGGCCCCUGAAGGAGGAGACGGAGGGGGUGGGGACGGGUUCGGUUGUUUCCGGCUCUUCCCUCAGCUUGUCACCCUGCGAUGCAAAUGGAGAUGCCGUUGCUGUAUCGCAGAGCCACACUGCAGAGACGGGAAUGGAUGAAGAACCGGAUCCAGCAGCCGCUGCCACAGUGAUGGGAGAAGAGCCAGAGGAUCAAGUGGCUGAAGGCACCAAAUGCAGCACGCCUCCUAAUUUAGCUUGUGUUUCUGCAGAGCCUCCUUGCCAGUCGGAAAGUGAUGUCCAACCUGGUGUAGGGGAGCAGGCCCCAGAGAGUGCCGAUACCUUGGCAGAAAACGUUGGUUUGGAUCUUGACCAAGACAGUUGCCUGAUGGAUGGCAGGCUUGCCGAUGAGCUCGGAGUGGGGGUCUCCGCCCCACCUCUUGAACUGGGAGAAGCAAGUGGAGCCCCAAGCAGCUUCUGUUCAGGAAAGGAUGAGCGCUCUCAGGAAACAGAAGUGGAGGUUUCAGGGCACCUCCCGCGAGACGGCCCAGCAGCCCAGCUGCAAGGAAGUGUGGGCCUACUGGGCAGCAGCCCAGACUCCUCUGCAGGGUUUCAUGAGGGGUCCCAGUCUUGCAAAAUAAGUUUACGUCCAGAAGAGGAGUUGGAAGGCGGCGCCUCUAGAAAAAGGCCUGUCAGCCAAGGCAAGGUUGCCGGGCUGUCUGAUCCAGAGGUUUCCUCUUGUCCUCCCAAGAGGCUCUGCCCUCCGGAUUCUGUUUCAGUCCAGGGAUCAGAUUCUGACCUGCUCACUCCCCCCAUGGCACUUCCUCCCCCCCUUGACUUGGAGGGGCCCCGUGGCCAGUUUGGCAGAACCUUGGGGUGGUUUCUUGACCAGUACAGCAGCCACCUGACUCUGUACCCCCGGGAAGCAGAGCAGAAGCACAGAGGCAGUAUUGCCUGCAUUGUGAGGAGGUACUUUAAAAGCGAUGCUUGUGCUGAUCAACCCAUGGCUGGAAACAUGGAAGCAGGAGUGCCUCUGCCGCCCCCGGAAGCUGCUAAAGACAUGGAUUGUGCAUCUGCAGAUACCUUGGAGUCCGAGGAGGAGCCCAGUUCAUCUUCACAGCCAAAUACGGAGGAUCUGGUCGAAGAAGUCCAGUUCCAAGCUCCAUCCCUUGGUGGCCAGGGUUCAUCUGAGGGCGCCCCCUCGGAGUCACCGGGCUCCCCUCAUCAAGAACAGGAGGCAGACCUGGCCAGCAGUGUCUCAGAAAGCGUGUGGGAUGCCUUCUUCUCUGAAGAGGAGCAGUUCCAAUCCAGCGUGUGUUCGCUGUUGACAAAUUCUUCCUCCAGCCCUCCCAAGGCCUCUUCUGCAGAGCCAUCCAGUCAAAAGGACUUGCAGUUCCUCCUCUCAGACGUCUCCAAGAGCUCAGAAUCCUGUGGUGGGGACUCUUUUGGAAUCGGAAGUAGCCAGCAACUCUCAAAAGAAACUUCUGACACCGAAAGCCAAGCUGCAGAGGUAGCUGUGGGGUCUGGGUCUUCCUGUGCCUCCCUGGAAGCCUCUGACAUGGACUGGUGUGAUGAAGACCCUGCAAGCACAGCGGCUCAGGGGCUGAUGUCCUCCAGUGAAAGCACCGAGACCCCCCAGAGCAACACGCAGCCAGCGGCAUCUGAAGCGCAUGCUGGCAUCGCUGCGGUUCAGCAGGACCCUGUUCUUCGGCAAGUGGGUGGUGCCCGUGAUGGGGAUGAUGGUGGGAAUGGGACUGCCGGCAUAGAAAGCUCUGAGCAGGAUGAUGGCCCUGGGGAGAUGCCAGUGGGCCCCCCAAGAAGCUUCUCUGCAGGCUCCUUUUGCCCAGCUUCAGGAGGUCCAGAGCCCACCAUCGAUGGUCCUUUGGCCUCUGGUCCGUGGGUGUGCCCCAAGCCCCACAUGGGGCUGGCAGUCGACUCUUCCCAUCUGCUGCUGAAGAGGGAGCCGCCUUGCGAAGGCCAGGGCAGCCCAGGCCGUGGGAACGGGGCCCCCUCUCCUUCAGGAGCUCCUCCUGUCCUUGCUGCUGUUACUUCUGCCCCAGCAAGCUCUAUUGUAGAGGGUGGCCCUGGAGGAGGAGGACCCACAUCCCAGAGCUCUUGCCCUACCCUGACGGAGACACGCAGCCAAGACCAGCAUUCCUGGUUGCUGAACAAGCCCUGCUUGCACAGCCCCACGUUAAGAGACGAGUCUGCAGAGGUGGGAGGCGCUGAAGCGGGCAGGAGAUCUCAGGAGACGCAGGGCGACCCACCUCUCUGGCCUCUGCCCCCCUCUGAGACUGGUGGUCCUGCUGGCACAGCUGAUCACCCUGGAGGAGGAGGAGAUGACGACGACGACUCUGGAGAAGACCUGGGUAGCCCUGGCAGUGUGGUGGGAUGGGCAGGGCAAGCAGACACCCCCAGGGCUCUCCAGGGGGCUGCAGGUGACGCGGGGACAGCUGGCCCCGUUCCGGCCCCUCGUGUGUGUGAUGGUCCGGUGCUUCUUUGCAGCCCCUUGGGAUCGAAAGGCCCUGCAGUGGCUCCAGCCUUGCGCCAGUUGGCAGGUGCCCCCUCCCUUUCUCACUCCCAUGUCUUGAAAGAAGAAAAGGAGCUCUGUGACUCUGAGGUGCCGCCUGAGGGCCAGCUUGACACCCCCAGCCCUCGCCCGGCACCUCCUGUAGCUUGUUCUCCAGGUGCCCCAGACUUCUGUAAGCCCCGAAUUCCCGAGGCCUUGGCAAGUUGGCAUCCAGAACGUCCCGCAGGUUCUUCUGUGGAUUUUCAAGACACCCGCUUGGUUUCUGAUCAAUUCGAUGAAGUUGAAGAAGCCUCUGGGCAACUAGAUGCCGAGGGUGUGCACGCUGGUGCUGAAGAUGGCCUGCCCUGCCCUCCCCUGCAGAGCUCGGAGGAAGGGCUCUCUUCUGCCCUCGGGGCUAGCCCUGAGGCUUCUGGUCUUCCUGUGCUGAGCAGUCGUCAGCCUGGUGCUUGUGGUGGUUCUUGCCAGCCACCGAGCAGCGAUGCAGAUGGGACCAAGACCAGCCUCCUGAAAGAGUGGGCUUCCUCGGAGCAAGACGUCGAGUUCCAGUUGCAGCAGUGCCAGUCUGUGCUCGGAGAGCUCUCACGGUCCCUCUGUGCAGUCGAGGGAAUUGACACGGUCCACGUGGAGAAAUGGAGGGAACAGGUGGAAGAUCUCCAGAGAGCGACCAAGAUGCCCCAAACCUACAUUGCCGUGGUGGGGAACACGGGGGCCGGGAAGAGUUGCCUGCUGAACGCUCUGCUGGAUGAGGAAGCGCUGCUGCCCACUUCGGCCAUGCGCGCCUGCACUGCUGUGGUGGUGGAGAUCUCCAGGGCCGCCGGGGGCAGCCCCUAUGAAGCAGACGUGGAGUUUCUCUCCCAAGAGGAGUGGCAUAAGGAGCUGAAUGCACUCCUUGAAGACAUGAAGGACAAGUCUGGGAAUUUGAAGAGACGGUGCCCAGAUCGCAAGUCGGAAGCUGGGGCCGCCUACAGCCGCGUGAAGGCGGUUUACGGGAGAGUAGAUGAGAUUGAGAAGCUGGAAGAUGUGCAAGAAGUGACCCAGCACCUUGGGACUGUGAAACAUGUCGUGGCUCAAACGGCCACAGACUUCCGUGCCAAUAUUGAGAGAUUCAUUGAUUCUCGGACUGACAACUUGCGUGAUAUGAAAGGUGGAGAGUUUUGGCCCAUUGUGAAGUGUGUCAGGAUCCGUGUUGCUAAAGCGGAGGUCUUGAAGACUGGGGCCGUGCUGGUGGAUUUGCCCGGAAUCCGUGACUCCAACGCAGCCAGGGACCGGGCGGCCAGGGAGUACUUGAAGGACUGCCAUGCUGUGUGGAUUGUCUCCAGCAUCGCUCGGGCGGUGGAUGACAAGACGGCCAAGGAGAUGCUGAACGCGAACCUGCGGAGGCAGCUGCUGAUGGACGGCCGCUACGGAAGCCUGGCCUUUGUUUGCACCCAGACGGACCGCUUCAACAUCCUAGAUCUAGUCCGGGACCUGGACCUGAGGGAUAAGAUCCAGCCCUUAGAAGAUGAACUGGAAGAGCUGGAUAAGCAGAAGUUGCAAGCCGAAGCGGAGAAGAAAGGCCUUUAUGCCCACCUGCAGCAAGAGCAGGGACCAAGAGGCGAUGCCGCAGACCCAGCCUGGCUGCACGAACAGCAUGACUUCUUGGAGAAGGAGUUCAGGAUCAGCGCCUUGCAGAGACAGAAAGAUGCCAAGCUUCGUGCCAUUAGUCUGAUCUGCGUUCAGGCCCGGAAUAGGUUUUCCAAGCGUCGGAUUUCCAUGGAUUUCAAUGCCGGCCUGGAGGAAAUGAGGAGAGCGGCGGCUUCCGAGUGUGAGGAGGAGGAUGGCGAGGAAGACAUGGAGGAAGGAGAUGUUUCCAGUUUGGACUCGGGUGACCCUGGAGAAGCUGAGCCCCGGCGCCAGAAGCUCCAGGUCUUCACCGUCAGCUCUACAGAAUAUCUCAAACUUGGCGGGAAGCUGCUCCGAGAUGGCCCACCGCAGGUCUUCCAUGACACCAAGGACACAGAAAUCCCAGCUUUAAGGAAGUUUGCCAUGGAUACGGCUUUGAAGCACAGCAUGGAGGCAACAGAGAAGGUCCUCCGGGAUCUGGCUCGUGUGUUAAGCCAAAUUGUGAAUUAUCUGACCAGCCAAAGGGCAGAGGACAACUCUCAGCAGGCCCAGAUCCAAGAGAUGGUGCAGCAGGCCUUGCGGGACCUUCCCAGCCUCCUCCGGGGGCCUGUCGAGGGCAGCCUCCGCGAUAUCCAGUGUGCCUUUGACCUCCUCCUCGCCAGCCUGACCAAAGGCACAAACAAGGCCAAGGAGCUGUGUGAGAUCGUAGCCCAGAGCUGGGGCUUGCCUGUCCACGGCUACCCACACGCCACGUACCAUGCUGUGUGCACGCGCCGUGGUGCCUACACCUCUCCACAAUAUGGGUGUGUGGAUUUCAAUGACUGUCUUGCACAGCCCAUCUACAGCGCCAUUUCUGUCACCUGGAAUGAGGUCUUCAGCUCUAAGUUGGUGGACGCCACCCAGCACUUCACCAACGCCGUCCUGGACCAGUUGAGAUCCUUUUUCAAGGAGCUCAAGAGGAAGCUGGGCAAGCAGAGCCGGGUGGCAGAAGCAGUCCAUGCCGUUUACCGCCAGCAGAUGGAAGCAGCCCACGCAAGGUUACUCAACUUCACCCUGGACCAGAUGGCCUACAUUGGCCGCAGGCAGCGGACCAUCUCCCGUCUCCUCACGCCAGAGAUACAGGCUGGCAUGGACCCGGCAUAUGCAGCUUGUGGCCAGAUGAAAGGCCCUGGCUAUUUCCAGAGGAUGAAGGAGACGAUCGAGGGCCACGUCCACCAGGAGAAGGCAGCCAUCUUUGAUUCUGCCAGAGAGAAGUUGCGGGAGCAGCUGGACCUGCUCCAGCAAUACAUCCGUGGGAGCUUUCAGUCCUUGGUCCAGGAGCUGAGCAAGUCCCUGAAAAUGCAGUUUGAGCCGAUGCUGAGGCCUGUCCAGAAAAACGCCAGGAUAAUCCCAGAAUUAAUGAGUAUCUGUGCCAGAGUUGACAAGAUUUGCAAGCGCUCUUGCGUGGAGUACGUCCUCCCCAGCCCCUCAUCGCAGGCGGAGGGCAGUGGCCCUGCCGUGGGGAAGGAGCUGCCAUGGAGCCGGGAGCCCUCGAGCUUCUCAGCAGCAUCCGUGGACAUCCGGGUUGGAGCGUUGCCUCUUCCUCACGUUGCAACCAUCCAGGUAUCCAGGCAGGACAUCACUUUGACCCUGGCAGACGGCACUGCCGUGGCCCUGCUCCUGAGCGAUGUUGCCCGCUGUGAGUCUUGCCUGCCUCUGGGCUGCCUGAUCCUGCAGGUUUCCUCUCAAGCUCUUGGAGACCUUUGCUCUCGCUUGGGAGUCCCAGCAUCCAGUGCAGGCGUCUGCAGCCAAGAGUCGCUGGUGAUCCUGGACAAGGCCCAAGACCAGCGGCUGGCUUCGGGGCUCCUGGGGUGCCUCUCGGCCAGUGGCAGGGAAGCCCCCGAGUGCCACCCGCUCAGCCUGCAACGAGGGAGGGAGAAGCUGGCGUCUCUCGGAGUCUCUUACACAGCCCAGCAGCCCCAGAAGAAGGGCGCUGAGAAGCCUCACCAGGCCCCACCAGCUGCUUCUGCGUCUCCGUGCCUGCCAGAGGCCCAGCGGGACGGGCCCCCGGAGGGCAAGAAGAGAGCAGGGGAGGCGCUCCAGCCACAGUGGGAGAAGAAGCCCAAGGGCCAGGCCUCGGGACACAAGGCAGGACGUGACCUUGCUGGGGACUCACUACUGAGCUCCAGCUGGGCUGCAGAAGCCCCGAAGAUGCCCUCUGUGCCAGGCUGUGGGUCGCCACCGCCGCCUCCAACAACAAGUCAAGCCUGUGUCCCAAGGGGCGGCUGGUGGGAGCCGGAUGUACUUCUGGGAGCACCUCGGCACCAGAUGGCUGUGAAGCUGGAUGGUGAGCCGUUUGCUUUUCCGGGCUCAGGGGUUCUGCACGUCCGAACCAAAGAGGGGAUCUGGAAGAAGCAUCCAAACCUCAACCCUGAGGAGCAGCCCAGGAGUGUGAAGGCUGAGACGAUGGAGACCGGCAGGGAGCCUCACCCUGCAGAGAGCUCCUGGGUGACCCACUGAGCUCUCCUUGUCUUGCCACCCGCUUUGGUGCCUCUUCGGGAGUGCGGGGGUAAAAGCCAUGCCCUGUGGCCUGUCACUAGGGACUUUGGGGAGACCUGCCCUCCUCUUUCUGAAGGGCUCUGCCUCACUGGUCUAAGUGCAUUUUGUGGGGACCCUUCUCCGUGCCAGGCCAGCCUCUUUGCUCCGGAGCGGCCCUGUGGUGGGUUUUUCCCGCUGGGCACCUUUUUGUGCCUCCAGAAGGCCCAAAGCACGCUUCCCUUCCUGACGCACUGGAUGCUUUGCCGAGUCAUUUUUUGUUGGCUACACUCUGCACCAGCUGGCCAUGUGAGGGAGGCCACCUGCAUGCUCCUGGCCAGCAGCCUGACCCAAAGGGGCCGGGUCAUGGUGUGGAGUGCCCACCUGCUGAGGACACCUUCUCAUCAGCAAGGUUUCCUUCCUGUGACUCUUCCCCCACCCCAGCGUUCGUUUAGUGCCUUAGUUUUGCUUUGGGGGAGAAAGGGGGCAGGAUAUCCUGGCCAUUAGGUAGAGCUGUCGGUGAGCUGCUUGAACUCGGGGUGGGGGGCAGGGAUGCCUCUUUGCUUGGCAGGCUUCCUUCUUGUAGCAGUGCUGACCUCACCCACCGUGCUUUAUUUCUAGGAUCCUGCCUGUGCCGCCUUGUGCUCAGGAAAUAAAGUUUCUUAUGCCUCCUAA